AGCAGCACAAAAUGAAGUCUCCUGUGAGAAUCGGUUUACUUGUGUGCUUAUUUAUUUCUGUCGCAAACACAGGGAUAAUAAAACGCUUCGUGGAUGAAAUUGAUAUUCCCACGCUUGUUCAGAGACUUGAUGAUCUGACAAAUAGAGUUGCACAGAAUGAGAGAAAAUUAAGAUACCAUCCGGUUGCCUUUAAAGCGCAUCUCUCACAACGUAUGGAGAAUCUUUCACCAAACCAGAGGAUCAUAUUCGACGACGUUCAGCUUAACAUAGGAAACGCCUAUCACGGCAAUCUGGGAGGAUUCCUUGCUCCAGUGAACGGAACAUACCUGUUUUCCGUUUCUAUAUGCUCGACAAGUGGCCAUUUCAUUGUCCUUGAUUUAAUGAGAAACAACGAUGUGAUUGGACGUGUGCUUGCAGGCGACAGUCUCUACGAUGACUGUUCUUCGGAAACUACCAUUGCGGAGCUGAAAUCUGGGGACGAGAUAUAUGUGCAGCACCACUUGGACGUUGGCGAUCUUCUUCAAGUUCAACAGCAUACACUGGACAGUUUUACCGGAGCUCUAUUGGCUGUCAUCUAAUGACGAAUGACUUUUAUUUUGUUGAAGAUAGAUGUGUAAUUAUGAUAUACAGCAUAUGACAGGCUUUCGACUUUUCUUUUUUUUAAUUUUGCUAUGUUAUUUUAUUAUUUGUGAAACUAUCGACAAAAUGAAGUUCUUAUCCUUGAAAACAUCUAGUUCACUGUAAGCA